AUGAACAACUACACGGCAAUUUUCGUUCUAGAUAUUGGGUUGGCGGCAACCAAGCCUUCUUUUAAAGGAGGCCAAAUCCAGGAGUUCUCAUGCGAUGGGAAAAUCCGUCGGGUGUUGGUUGGCAAUCAAGCAUUGCCGGAUGGCCUAGCGAUUGAUCCUGACAGUAAACGCAUGUUCUGGACAUGCAUGGGAAUUCCCGGAAAGGAUGACGGUGCCAUAUAUUCUGCCAACCUUGAUGGUCAUGACAUUCAGACUGUUGUGGCGCCCGGAGUGAUCAAUACACCUAAACAACUCACCCUUGACCCAGUAGCAAGGAAGCUUUAUUUCUGCGACCGAGAAGGGCUUCGCGUUUGCCGAUGCAACUUUGAUGGUGGCGACUUCACUGUCUUAAUCCAAACAGGUCAUUACAAGGACCCGCAAGACGGCAAGGAUGCUGAGAAGUGGUGUGUUGGCAUCGCUGUGGCUCCUCAACUGGGCAAGUUCUAUUGGACUCAGAAGGGAUCCUCGAAGGGUGGCCAGGGUCGGAUUUUCUGCGCAAAUAUCGACACUCCCUAUGGCCAGUCGCCGACAUCCAGGGGUGAUGUUCAAUGUCUUCUGAACAAUCUCCCUGAACCGAUUGAUCUUGAAAUAGAUGAGGCAUCCCGCACCCUGUAUUGGACAGAUCGCGGUGAGUUGCCUAUUGGUAAUUCUUUGAAUAGCAUCUGCCUGGAUCGGUCCGGCCUCCCCCUACCAAGUGACAGCAGCCAGGGAUAUAACGUCCUAUGCAGACAUUUAAAGGAGGCAAUCGGUCUGCGGUUAGACGUGAAAAAUGGCCAUAUCUACCUGACCGACUUGGGCGGCAAUAUCUACCGAUGCAAUGCUGAUGGUACCGGAAAGAGAAUACUACACUCGGAUGAUUUGCGUGCAUUCACUGGCAUUAGCUCUCUUUAA